AUGGCGCAAGUGGCAGACCGUCAAUACUUUCCUCCUCUGGAGGAAUGCUUGAAUGGAGACACCAUCAUUAUCUCCUGGAAGCUCAUCGCAGCUGCACUGGCAGACAAAGAUGACUCCAGGCGGAAGAGCGAAGCUGUUGUACAGUUUUUACAAGAUGAUCUCGUACGAGCACUCAUAAAAGAUCCGUCGACCGCCUUUGCGCCGCCGAGCGAUCACACCAAGUCGAACUUCGAGACGAGGACCGCCGCUAUACACGUCACUCCCAAACCGAAUGACAACUUCGACAUCAAAAUUAUCAAGGAGGAUGCGCAGUGGUUGAGCAAGAAUGCCAAGGUCAACCUCGUUGCUGCGCUUCGCGCGACAGUCAUCGAGUUCCAGUCGCGACCAGCUAGCCACCUAACAGGAACCCUCUCCUCCCAGGAUAUAAUCAACCUCCAGGAAGCUUCUGGCGUCGCAAAUGUACAAUCGUCAUCUUUCGUCCCUAUCGCUGGUGCCGCCCAGGAUGCGGAGACGAUCUGGGCAGAUUUCGAGAAAGAGGAGUCAAGGCGACAGCGAAUUUUCCAGACAUAUCUUGCAGAGAGACGCCACUUUCUGAUGACUGCUGCUUUGGUGCAGGAGAACGUGCUUUACACCCAACCUUCAUCGCCAGCCUCUGCGGCUGAUCUUCCGAUCGCGACAACUCAGUUGAUCGCCGCGAACGAGCGUCCCAAAUACCUCGAAAAUCUGCUCACGACCUACUUGCAGUAUGUCACUGAGGCUAUUGGUCGACUGGCCGAGGGGCUCGAAGCAGUUGUGGAAGAUAAAAGCCUGCUGGGAGAAGAAAUCGAGCUGGAAUGGAUGCGGACAGCACUCACUGAAGUUGUACACGCCUUGUCGGUCGUCUUUCAGUCAGUCGAUGGCAGCGGCGACGAUUUUGUACCAUCCGCGGUGGUUGGCCAGUGGUUUUCCUUGAUGGAUAACUAUGGUUUUCUCAACGGGAUUACCGCGGUGAGUUCACCAAGAAUCAGACUUCUUUGGGAAGCCAGGACUAACAGCGGACAGCCGACUGAUGCCAUUGCCUCAUUAAUCAUGCCCCUGAGAUCUCUCAUCUCAGCCAUAUCUAUCAAGCUCCUGAACCCUACACGAUCUAUCGAGUGUCUCGCCGAAGAGGCCCCUGAAUAUCGUGGAGACGAGGACCCCUACAUUACUGCUCCGUCAGUAUUGGAGCAAGUCCACAAUGCAAUCCUCGCCGCAGCCAGUGCCGAUUGCGAGAGCCAAAGCCCCAUCAUAUUUGCAUGGACCGUCGUUGUCCACCGCAUGUUCUAUUCGCAUCACGACCGAAUCGAAAAGAGAGAUGCGCUACAGAACCAGCGAUCUCAGGAGACUUUCGAGGCUGGUGUCUUGAUUCGGCCCACUACCGCUCGCCGUCUUUCUGCAGGGAGCAUUGUUUCUCUCGACGGCAAGUCAUUUGACAUUUUCCUGACCAAUGCGGGUUUGGACAAGGACUUGCAGGUUGUGGAGCAGCUGGCAGUAGCUGUCACAUCGCAUGGACGGGCUUACGAAGUCUUGUCCGAGAUGGCACUGGCUAUUGGGGCCUCCAGUGACGGAGCCUUCUCGGCACUUCUGAGUUCCAGAAUCCGGCUUUCGUAUGUCGACUUCCUCAAAGCCACAUAUCCCCUCGUAGGGUAUCAGUCAGACUCUGUCACCUCUCUCCUUUCGGUCCUGGGAGCUGGCCAGCAAUAUUGGGACCUUUCGAAGCCUUCGCUGCAUGCCUCAAGUGAUAUUUUGGCCGAGGUGCUCCACGACGAUGUUGCACUCGAAUAUUACUUCCACCAGGCCCUCAACCGAUAUCCAUUUGAGUUGCUGCCAUUCCUCAAUCUUUGCAGGACUUUGGCGAACUGCACCGUUGCUGACGACCGGACGGAUACGGUAGUCAACCUCUUGCGCAAAACCCCAUCACUUACCUUCAUUCUCCCCGAUGACUACCAGCAGUACGAGCUAGCCCAGGAGGAGGACAAUACCAACACAUUUUAUCUACUCGAAGACAUACCGCUUUUCACGCCUGCCACGGCAUGGAAUCGCAGAACUCGGGUGGACGACGUAUUUAGGAUACCUGCGGAAACAGUAGGACGCUUUGUGACGGAUACGGGUCGCGUGGUUCUAUUGGAGUAUGAGCACUCUGCUCUUGCUUUGCUUGGCAAGAGGCUCGAAAUCCAACUGGCACCUGAGACUUACCGCAGCGAGCUGGAUGCGUUCCAGCCAGAGGAAACCGCAGAAACUAUUGCUCUCUUAGCAACACUACUGCGCGCGGAGGUACUGAAGUCUGAAAAGCAGGGCUUGAGCGGCGAAACAUCGCUCAAGUCGGGACAAGAGCUUUUGGAUGAAAUUGGUAAGCAAAUCUCCGGGAACAAAGACCUUGUGGCGGUUGUCUGCGAGACCAUGGAUGCCUAUAUGCAAGACGAGAAGGCGACCGAAGGACAGGGCAUCGCAGUGCUCAACUCAUGCGUUCAAUUCUUACAUGCAAUCCUGCCGCUUUGCCCCACGAGAGUCUGGUCUUACUUGGCGCGUUGCGAACUUCUCAAUUCGGAAGCCCAAGCAGGAAAAUUGGCAAAGAUCACCGGUAAUCUCGACUUAGUUAGAGACCGAUAUGAACUGUUGCUUUCGGCUGUACGGCUUUUUUCUAGCCUCAUUGACAGCGUCAAGAGCAGCGCUGUUCAACGCAAAUCCGGCAACAAGCUGGUUGGACGGCAGAAAAUAUCGAACAACGUUUGGCUCGGCGUGGCGGACAAAGUCUUGGGCAAAGUCAGCCUCGCAAUUGCUCAAGCCGCGGUUGACGUCUUUGAGACCUCCUCAACUUGGCGCUUCGGAUCAGAGCUUCACAAAGCACUGCUCAUUCGGCACGUUGUCCCUGUCAUGGAUCAGAUCAUCGAGCACACCUACGGGAUGGGUGACCAAGAGAGCGCGGAUACGCUGGCGGCUUGCUUGGAACCUGCAGCGUCCUACAUUAUCGAUGCGUUCCUCUCGCCCUCAACAGGGUCUCUUAGGUUCCAGCCGCUCCUCACAACUUUGGUCAAUGGUCUCCAAAUCCCCGACUCAACAUUCUACCAAGAUCGACUAGCCUCAGCUCAGGAACAGCUCACAUGCGCUUUGCGAUUCACGACAACCUUACUACGUGUUGCGAGCUACCUGGACAGACCAUCAGCGACAUUUGAAGAACACCUCUUCAAGACGUCAUCGAUUUUGGCAAGGUUAUGUGCAAUCUGCGAGCAAUUCCGGCGACCAGCAUUGCUCCUCCUGGAGGCUCUGGUGCUAAGUGCUGCCAAAGCUCACGAUGAUCCUCCUUCCCUUCUGGGAUACCUAGGUCCCCUUUUGUCCCGGUCAUUUAUCGAAGUCUUGUCGCGACUCGACAAGCCCUUCCUCGUUGCGAAGGAUGUGCAGACAACGUGGAAAUUCUUCUCCACAAUUGUGCAGAACCGCCAGCAGUGGCUAUCAAACUGUCUCUUGACAGGCAAGACGCCCAGAGAUGCCCUCAAGGGCGUCAAGAAGGACGCUUCAUCGACGCCCAACUCGGUGCUAGCGACAGCCUUUGCAAAGCUGAAGAAGAUCAAAGAGUUGGAAACAAGCGAGGCAGUCAGGAUCCUCGAUUUCGUUGCAUCAUCUCAGAACCAUUGGCCUUGGACAAUCUUCACCAUGCAAAAAGACUCGUCCUUCUUGGACUCUCUGCGCCUUUACGUCAAGGACCUCAGUAGCUUUACCGUCACAAGCAAGACAGAUGCCGUUAAGGCUGCCACAGAUGCCAAAAUGGCCGCUUACAUUGCCGAGAUAUUCGCCAUGCAGCUCUAUCACUUACGGCAGAUGGGCGGGGCCGACAUAUUCGCCAAGAGCCUGGUAUCCGACCUAGACUACUAUCUAAGGGACGGCGUAGAAGUUUCGAGCUACAAUACUUCUCUGCACAGCAACUUUGCCAAAAACUUCACAAGCAAAUACCCCGGAGUUUCGUUAGAAGCUUUCAAAAGGACAUCACUGAGACCUGGCGAGCUAGGUAGAAGCUAUUUCUAUGAUCUGGAGAGUGCAACCGAGAUGUUGAGCUUCGAUCCAGGCUGGCAUGGUCGUCGCAACAAUGGGUUUCGUAACGAGAUGGGGAUUGCCAACGCCAACCUGUCCCUAGUUGACGCGCAGAUUUCGCUGUUCCACGCAUGGGAAUACCUGCUUCUUGAGCUUAGUAGCUCUCUGGCAGAAAACGAAACCAUCGCCAGACAAAUGUUGCAAGUUGCGCAGCAAUGUCUCGAAGCGAAUCGGUCCAACCAAGGCCCAGAGAAUAUCUUCAUGCGGAUUGUCGAAGAGCGAGCUGAUCUGAGUUUGCUUCUCGUUCAGCGUCUCGUUGGUCGUCCCAUUUCAUCUCACGAUGUGAACCAACUUCUGGGAACAUUGUUCACCAUCAUCAGCGCUGUCGAGGAGCCCUUCAACCCGGAAUCAAUCUCGUACUACCGCACGAUGCUCAAGGCAAUCUAUGUUACCCUGCGUGCGUAUAGUGCUGCGGAAAAGAAGUCCCUGGGAGCCUCGAAGAACGGAGGUGACGGCUUCUCGAUCACACUUACUCAGACUGUUCUGAACCUUCUCGACCGAGUAGUCGCAAAGGGGUUCAGAACUCUCGUUGCCCUUGUGCACGAUUCCGAGGCUGCCGUUGCACCUGAGGACCUUGCUCUGCUUACGGCCAUUUUGCAAGCUUGUCUCAACAUGCCAACCAUUGACCAAUGUCAAACACAGGUACUCAACAUUAUGGCAUCAUAUGAUGCCAUGCACGCAGCGACAUCACUUUUCUCUUGGGCUGACAAACUUUCCAUCAACGGCGACCCGAUCUAUGGCGAGUUGAGCUUGCUCUUUUUGCUGGAGCUCUCUACCCUGCCGGCGGUGGCAGAACAGAUGGCUUGCGACGGCUUGCUGAGCCACCUGACUUCGGCAGGCAUCACCAACUUUAUGCGCCGCGGAAAUAUCUCUCCCUUCUCGGAAGCUGUUGGACCCCAGCGAUGCUACAGCAUCUGGGUCAAGGGUGUUCUGCCCCUAUUGCUGAAUCUUCUCACUGCCCUGGGCGGAACGGUUGCGCCUGAACUGGGUUACGUUCUUAACCAGUUCCCUCUGCUUCUCAAGUCUAGCGUUGACCGAUUCGAGGCACCUGGCGCCAGUCGUACAGCAUCGAGAGAGACGCCGCACUAUGUGACGCUCCUUGCAGUAUCAGAGGUGCACUCUCUUGCUCUGUUGACAAGAGUUAUCGCCGCUUUGCGAACUGCCAACAACCGUGAUACCCCAGAGAUCCAAUGGGAUGCUGCCUCCCUUUUGGAAAACAUCGACUUCUGGUUAUCGAGCCGCAAGUUGCUGCGCGACAGACUUCUGCCGCUGGGCCAGCGUGAGGUGGAGUGGAAGAGCAUCAAGACUGGCGCGUCGGAUGAGAAUGGCCAGCCAGGAAAUGUCCUGGAGAGCAAGGUCCUCUCGCAGUUGGAGGCUGUGAGGGAAGUAUUAAGCGAAGACCUCGAAGAGUCUUGA